AGCCAAAAAUUUAAUGGUACCAAAUGGAAUAUCCCUUAAUUUUUUUUCCUGUCAAAAAAAAAAAAAAAGGAGAUACUACCUAAUAGAAUUUAGAAUACAAACCUUGGCGCCAAAAACUGUUAAACAAGAACCAUUACCGGAAGGCAGAAGAUCAUUUGCAAUUCGCAAAGCAAAAAUGUGGGAGUUCUUCCAAUCAUCACUACUCUUCUCCCAUCAACAACUUUGCUAUGCCGACAUCCUCUCUCCUUCUCAAGUGCGUGCUAGAAUGGAGGUAGCAGUCUUGAAUUUUUUGAAGAUCUUGAACUCUCCGAAUCCAGAAAUCACCGAUCUUCCUCUGACAAGUCGAAAUUCGAAGAAUGUGAAUGUUUAUAGAGGUUUGAUGAGUGAUAGUUCACACAUUUUUCUCUCUCACUCCUUUUCUAAGCGAUCUCUGAUGCGAGAGAAUGCGGCGAAAGCCUUUAUUAGAGUGUGGAAGGUGAUGGAAAUGUGUUACCAGAUACUUGUGGAGGAAAAGAGAGUUACUCAACGAGAACUUUACUAUAAGCUGCUAUGUACUUCAUCUGAAUACUUUAGCUCACAAACACAGGUCAAUAAGACUGUUCAAGAUGUGGUUGCAUUGCUUCAUUGUAGCCGGUUUAGCCUUGGGAUCAUGGCUUCUACAAGAGGGCUUAUUGCUGGCCGGAUACUGCUGCAGGAGCCAAAUAAAGAGAUAGUAGACUGUUCAAUUUGCGGGUCUUCAGGACAUCCUAUCUCAGGUGAUCUGAGCAUGCUAGAAUCCCUCAUUAUGAAAUCAGAUGCACGUUACAUAAUUGUCAUAGAGAAGCAUGCCAUAUUCCAACGAUUGGUUGAAGAUUGUUUCUUCAACCAAGUCCCAAGCAUUCUUAUUACAGCAAAAGGGUACCCAGAUUUAGCUACAAGGUUUCUCCUUCACAGGAUUACGAAAGCUUUCCCUAACUUGCCCAUUCUGGCCCUGGUUGAUUGGAAUCCUGCUGGAUUAGGCAUUUUGUGUACCUUCAAGUAUGGAAGCAUUGGGAUGGGACUCGAGGCGUACAAAUAUGCUUGUAAUGUGAGAUGGCUAGGAGUGAGAGGAGAUGAUCUCCAGCUGAUACCUGAAGAAUCUAUGACACCAUUGAAGCCAAAGGACAAGCAGAUUGCUAAAAGCCUUGCAUCUUUGGAUAUACUUCCGGAUGAUUACCAGGACGAGUUAUCGCAAAUGGUUCACAGUGGCCAAAGAGCAGAUAUCGAAGCUCUUUAUUGUCAUGGAUAUGAUUUCUUAGGAAAAUACUUGGCCAAAAAGAUAGUCCAGGCCAGCUACAUAUAGUAGAUGAACAUUUGGCACAUACCUUAUCAAGAAGCCUGGUAAUAAUAGGCUAAUAGCGAGUUUGGGUAUUGACUA